CACCUUUAACUUCCUCUCAACCAAGCUACAAAUCGUCGUCACACUUCCUUCUAAAUUUGAUUGGUCGAGUGAGAACAGUGUCGUCGUUAUCGGUUAUUCCUGGCUCUCGAUUGGCUCAAACCGCACGCUGCUACUAUCAGGGUUGUGCGCCCCAUCAGCGUGUGUUACAAGGAGGUUUUACCUGCAGUUACUUGUAAAAUGGCGAGCUGGUGUGUACGAGCGGUGAGACAGAGCUACUCACUUGUAGCCUCGUCUGCACUGUUAAGAGCAUCUCCACGGUUGUUGUGCACAGCCACCCAGCAGAAGAAUGGCCACAGGACAGAGGAGGAGGCUGAGAAGCCGGAGCACGAAGCUGAGAAGCCGGAGCAGGGCGCAGCAGAGAAAUCCCAGAUGGAGGAGAAGACCCAGCUGGAGGAGCAGCUCAAAGACAUGACAGAUAAGUACAAGCGGGCCCUAGCAGACACGGAGAACCUCAGGACGCGGAGCCUGAAAAUGAUGGAAGAUGCUAAAUUAUACGGGAUCCAGAGCUUCUGUAAGGACCUGUUAGAGGUGGCAGACAUCUUGGAGAAGGCCACAGAGAGCGUGCCUAAGGAGGAGGUGACCAGUGAAAACCCUCACCUGAAGAACCUGUAUGAUGGCCUGGUGAUGACCGAGGUCCAGAUCCAGAAGGUGUUCACCAAGCAUGGCCUGAUCAGGCUCAACCCCGAUGGCCAGAAGUUUGACCCCUACGAGCACGAGGCCCUAUUCCACGCCCCCGUGGAGGGCAAGGAGCCUGGUACCGUUGCUAUAGUAACCAAAGUGGGCUACAAGCUUCAUGGCCGAACUCUCAGGCCGGCAUUGGUGGGUGUGGCCAAAGCCCCCUAAAAGAGAUGAUGCAACUGUGACGAAGUGGCAUUUGUUUUGUUGUCUGGGUGAUAGAUGAGCUCAAGUACAGGAGACUGGUCAGGGCACACUGCCACCCUUUUUCCAACAAGCCUGUCUGAACACCCCCCACCACCAUCAUAUUGUCUCAAAGAGAGGAAUCCAGCUAAACUGAACUUUGUGUCCAGCUGUGUUUAGCAGAUGCAUAACUAUCUGGACUAGCAGGACAGUCUUUUCGGUCAAAUUUCAGUUUGUCAUUGGCCACAUCAGUCAUUUCUUGUCUUAGAUUGAUUUAAAAUAAAUAAAUAAAAAUAAAUCUGAUGAAUCACAGGGUGAGGCUUUCACAUGUGUAGAGCCAUACAUCUUAACUAGAAGUGACUUAAAAAUGUUAUACCCCCUAAUUUUAACACUUUUUUGGAUGAGACGUGUUAUAAACUCCAUCCACAAAGUCCACAGUGCUGGUUCAGUGCUGCUGGUAUCAUUCCAGACCUUGGUUUACAGCCCUAAUAAUUGUGAACUGGACUCCUCGCUUCUUUUCUAGUUAGUGUUAAAAUCACUGUGUGAAUAAAGCAAAGAACAGUACAUGAGGACCUGAGGAAAGGUUGAGAUGUUGUUUUGUACUUAGGAGGUCUUUCCAACGCCACCUCUUGCCCUGGUUCAUCUGAAUGAGAUCAGGCUGCAGUAAGCCAGCCUCAGUCACAGUAGUGUCCCUAUGCCACAGCUUGGUUCAGUCGUGCUGGACAGUGAUGUGACAGCUUUAUCUGUAAACCAUUAGAAUGAUUGUAUGUGUGGACCUUGGCCCAAACUUUCACAGCCUCAGAAUAAACUGAUUGACUUUGAAAGAUG